AAAGCGUCAUAAAAUCAUAAUAUAUACAGAGCAGUGAGGACGGACCACACAUAAAUGAUAAUGAUAAACCACACAAAGUGGGAGUUUUUAUACUGUUUUUCACCCGCGAAAAAGGCAUUGUAAAGUAUUAGUUUAUAGUUGCUAAGAACUGGAAAGGCAUGCCCUUCUCGUGGGGGAUUGGAUUGAAGUUCUCUGAUCUUCACAUUAACUUUGCCAUUGCAUCUUCCCCACAUGCACUUCUUUUUUCCUCUCAUCUAUCGAACCAAAUAAUCCCUUGUGCUUUUCAUUUUCUUAAUCUGAUCAUAUUAAUUCUACUCCGAUCCUUUCUUGCUUCACAUUGCUUUAAUUCAAGUCUCAGGAGGAUUUGGUCUUUUAGUUAGCACACCAAACCAAACAAUGGUGAAAGAAACUGAGUAUUACGAUAUUCUUUGCGUUAGCCCUUCAGCUUCUGAGGAGGAGAUUCGCAAGGCUUACUACCUUAAGGCAAGGCAAGUUCAUCCUGAUAAAAAUCCCAAUGAUCCUCAAGCUGCUCAAAGAUUUCAGAUUUUGGGGGAAGCUUAUCAGGUUUUGAGUGAUCCGGUGCAACGAGAGGCAUAUGAUCGAAAUGGCAAGUCUUGUGUUUCCAUGGAAACAAUGCUUGAUCCAACUGCUGUUUUUGCUCUUCUCUUCGGAAGUGAACUGUUUGAAGACUAUAUAGGACAUCUGGCGGUUGCAUCAAUGGCAUCAUCUGAUUUAGUGGACAACCCUGAUAAAGUUCAUGGCAGGCUCAAGGCUGUCCAGAAGGAAAGAGAACAAAACCUUGCUACAAUAUUGAAAGGUUUUCUUCAGCAGUAUGUGCGAGGUGACAAAAUAGGCUUCAUACAACAUGCUGAAUCUGAAGCAGAACGACUUUCACACGCAGCUUGUGGUGCUGAUAUCUUGAACACCAUUGGAUAUAUAUACACAAGGCAGGCAGCACAAGAGCUGGGGAAAAAAGUGGUUUACUUAGGAGUGCCAUUUUUGGCAGAGUGGGUGAGAAACAAAGGACAUUUCUGGAAAUCACAACUUACUGCAGCUAAGGGUGCAUUUCAAUUGUUGCAACUUCAAGAAGAUGUUCGUCGCCAAUUCAAGAUGGAUGGGAGUGGGCCUGAAAAUGAUGUGGAAUCACAUUUGAGGUUAAACAAGGAUGCACUUAUGAGUUCAUUGUGGAAAAUGAAUGUAGUAGACAUUGAAGUCACUCUUUUACAUGUCUGCCAAAUGGUCCUGCAAGAGAGCAACACAAGGAGAGAAGAGCUGAAGAAACGUGCAGUUGCCUUAAAAAUACUGGGAAAGAUAUUUCAGAGGGAAAAGCUUGCGCAGAGUGCGGGAACAUCUAAAAAGAAAAGUAUGGCUGAUAAGUAUGCAGCAGAUGAGAGCAGUAGUUCUGAUAGCAGUGACGAUGAAGAAGAUUCAUCAUCACCUACUCCUCUCAAUUACCGAACUCCCCUAGUCACGCAGGGCAUUGGUAGAUUGUUCAGAUGUCUGUGCAACCCAGCUUUUGAUGUGGACGAUGAAGAAAUUGUGUACAAGGGCAGGUGAUAGCUCAAAAAUUCUUCCCAAAA